AUGAAUUUCGAGCAUUCCGAGGUUAGCCCGAUUGAGGCUGAUCUCAAUGGUGCAAUUGAGACUAUUGGCAACAUCACUCACUUAAUUCGACAGUAUUUGACCCUUCAUAAUCAGGAAUCAGAGUCAUCAUUGAUGGACGUCAAACAGCUUCUGGCCCGAUUUGAAGCCGAUCUUGACCUCGCCGAGCGGCUCGUGAAAACGCUCAAAUUGAACGCCAUGAUUCACAUGCCCGCCUACGACUAUCUCACAAAGCGUUUGGAUUCCGACAAAGACGAUUAUUUCAGGAGUCGCGUGUCUACCGAAUUGUCGCCGUAA